AUGGGACCAUGUGGUCGGAACAAUGUGCUAAAGCCAAACAAUCGUAACUCAUGUUACUUCAUUCUUUUUCAAUGAAAGUCUGCAUUUGACAUUUUGAUCGAUUGAAACUCAUCAUCCAUUCACUUAUUUACUAAUCACUCCGGCCCGCCCAGGAUUUGCUUGAACCUCCCUUGGACCCUUGACCUUGGGUAAUCAAACCGAAUGAUGCUGGAAGAUGCCUUUGUUGGGCGUUUGCUCAGCCAUAUGUACGUGCCGCAACAUCAGGGUGGGCGGAAACUCGGAUCCCGGGUCUUUGGCGAGGCGCCCGGUCUCCAUGGCGAUGAGGACGACCACGAUUCGCCGGACAUGGGGCUUUCAGGCAUGAGCGAGGCUCAACGACGACUCUUGUUUCCCAAGCUCAAUGGGCGGGCCAAGAGUAUGGGCGAGCUACAAGAUCGCUUCCAGAAGAAGAUGGCCGAAUUCCAAGGACAACGCAAAGAUAAGAAGGGCAAGAAGAACAAUAAGAAAGAGACGGCCAAGUUGACCAAGGUCGAGAAACGCCAAAAGGCCAAGGAGAAGAAGAAGCUCCAAAAACGAUUGGUCAAAACCAGUACAGCAGGCCAAGCUAAUGGUAGUGGAAUCACUCCGGCCAACACCAAACCCGUGUACAAUAGCGAAGGCAAGGUCGUGUUCUCCAAAUUCGACUUCUCCGAAGACUCUGCCCCCACUUCGGAAGUCAAGGCCAAGAUUUCAGGUCCGGGUGGGAUCAAGGCGGCUGAUCCCAAGGCUGCCCUCCAAAAGAUCAAGAAGCAUAAGGAAAAGAUUAAGACUCUCAAAGCCGAAGGUAAGAUGGAUGCGGUAAAGGCCAUAACGGAUCACACGGCUUGGAAAUCGGCCCUGGACAAGGCCGAGGGGGUCAAAGUGAAGGACGACGAGACGCUCCUGAAGAAGACCAUCAAGAAACACGAGCAGAAGAAGAAAUCGUCGAAAAAGAAGUGGGAUGACCGCCAGGGUCAAGUGGAACAGACCAAGGCCAAUUUCCAGAAGAAGCGCUCCGAGAACCUCAAGAAACGCAAGGAUCAAGUAAAGCAAACCAAGGUCAAAAAGGCGGCCAAGCGGGGCCGAUUAGUCCCCGGAUUUCGAUGAGGAUCGAGUGACUCAUUCAUCCCUCUCGACGACCAUUUGGACAUUGGACCGGUGUCCCCCUUAUUCCUACAGUUGAUGCAUAUUCUUUCCAUUGAUGUAUAUGUAACAGGAUGUCUCAUACAUGGAAGAUUUCCUUAUUUCCUGUCGAAGUAAAAUAAAGCGACCAUAUGAUCUGCA